GUACCAAUCGCUCAGCUGAUCAGUGGUUUUUCCUCGGCGGUGUGUCUGCACAGCUCAGUGUGUCUUCGCUCACCUUCAGGAUGAAGGAGUGUGUUUUCCUGCUGUGGUUGUGCUGUUUCUGCUGGAGAACAGAAGCUGAUUCCAGAACGUAUCUGAUAACGGCUCCUGUCUCACUGCGACUGGAUGCCGAUGAGACAGUGUUUGUGGAGCUGUUUGGUUACACGGAUGAUGUGAGGGUCUUCGUGUAUCUGAAGACCAGCAUGGCUCCGGAUCACGUGGAGCUCUCAAAGGAUGACGUGAUCCUUAACUUACAGAAUAAGUACAAGGCCACGGCCAAACUCCGGAUAUUCCCAAACAAAUUGGACCAGAAGGCAAAAUAUGUGGUUCUCCACGUGCUGUCAGAUAGUUUCAACCAUCACAUGAACAUUCCUGUCAGGCGCUCCAACGGCUUCUUGUUCAUCCAGACGGACAAACCGCUGUACACCCCACAUCAGAAAGUCAAUGUCAGGGUGUUCUCCAUGAACCAGGAGUUGAGGCCAGCCAAACGUAAUGUCUUCCUGACCUUCAGGGACCCCGAUAAAACAAUUGUGGAUGUUGUCGAGAUGGCUGACGUGAACAAUGGAGUCCCAACGAUGCAAAACCCCUUCGUUAUCCCGGUCAAACCAAAGUUGGGUAUUUGGACCAUUGAAGCCUCGUACUCAAAUGAUUUUACCACAAAUGCCAAAGCCGACUUUGAAGUGAGAGAAUAUGUUCUUCCCAGUUUCACCAUCCACUUUGAACCAAGAACAAACUUCAUUACCUACAGCCACUUCCAGGAUUUCUCCUUUAAAGUUUCCGCCCGGUAUCUGCACGGCGCUCCAGUGGCCGAUGGGGAGCUCUUCCUCCGUUAUGGUUAUGUUGGUUCAAAAGCUCCAGUCAUCAUCACCACCUCAGUCACCAGGAAAAGGCUGUCCUCUGAAGGUAGAGUGGAUGUGACUCUCAACAUGCAGGACGUCCUGAAAAAUCACGAUGGACCGAAAGACCUUGACGGCCUGGUGGGGAAGUACCUGUAUGUAACUGUGCUGUUAACGGAGGACACAGGUGGUAUAACGCAGGAAGCGGAAUUUGCUUCAGUCAAGUUUGUCAAGUCACCUUAUCAUCUGAGUCUGAUUUCUACUCCUCCCUUCAUCAAACCUGGACUUCCUUAUAACAUCCAGGUGCUGGUAAGGGAUCACCUGAACAAGCCGGUGAGUGAGAUUCCGGUGCGUCUGGUGGAGGAGGAGGUGAUCACAGAUAGUCAUGAAGUCAAGCACAUGACCUGUCAGGAGAGCACCGCCACCGGAUCAAGUGGCCUGUCCUACUUCAUCUGCAACCCUCUGAAAAAUGCUGCCACAGUGAAGCUGAAGUUUGAGACGGCAGAAGACAGCCUCCCAAGACAAAGUCAGGCCAGCCUGGAGCUGAAGGCGGAGGCAUACCACUCCCCGAACCGCCGGUACCUCUACAUCAACACGCCAAUGUUCGGCCGUGGCCUGGUGGUGGACCAGUACAGCAACAUCCAGGUUUACACGUCGGCCCCCUCCUUCCUGCAGAUCAAAACCAUCAGCUACCUGGUGAUAUCUAAAGGCAAGGUGGUGCAUCAUGACAGUCAGCCGUUUGUGGCCAGCAUUGACAAUGUGCAGAACCUGAACUUUUUGGUGACCAAUUCCAUGGUUCCAUCCAUCCGGCUGCUAGUUUACUACAUCCUGCAUGGAGAGGGGACCUCCGAGCUUGUGGCCGACUCCGUCUGGUUGGAUGUCAAAGCUAAGUGUAUCAACGGACUCAAUGUGGAACUAAACACCAAGAGUCAUUCUGCAUUUUACAAGCCGAGAGAAGAACUUCACAUGAACAUCAAUGUCAAUCGGGAUGGUGUGGUGGCUCUGUCGGCUGUAGACGCUGCUCUUUUCAGCCUUCGACCCAACUACAGGGACCCUGUUUCCAUGGUCCUGCGACACAUUGAGCAGUCUGACAUGGGUUGUGGAGGCGGCGGCGGCAAAAAUAACUCUGAUGUCUUCCGACUAGCAGGCCUCACCUUCAUGACCAAUGCCAAUGCCGACCCAGUGAGCAGCAGUGAGCCAUGUACAGCGGUUGUUCGUGCAAAGCGAGCUGUGACUGAAGAGCAGAAGAGAGAAAUGGCUGACAGUUACGGAAAGAGGAAGCCGUGCUGUGAGCAGGGCAUGCGGUACAUCCCGAAGAGCGUGACCUGCGAACAGUUUGCCAACCAGGCCUUCAGGAAGAGCGCCCCCUGCAGGGAAGCCUUCAGAGAGUGCUGCGAGUUUAUCCAGAAGGGCCUGGACUUGGACGACAGGCUGGUGCUGGGACGCCACCACCUGGGUGCCAACUUCGACCAGGCUCCGGCUCUAGUGCGCAGCUACUUCCCAGAAAGCUGGUUAUGGGAGGCGCAUGAAAUCAGAUCAGGUCAGAUGACUAUCAAGAAGUCUCUGCCAGACUCUCUCACCACCUGGGAGAUAAAGACCAUCGGCAUGUUUGAAAACGGAGGUAUGUGCGUUGCAGACCCGGUGAAGGUGUCGGUCAAUCUGCCACUCAGCGUGGACAUCCCGCUACCCUACCAGGUGGUCAGAGGAGAGCAGGUGCAACUACAAGGAUCUGUAUACAACCAGCUGCCCGACACCAUCUCGUAUUGCGUGACACUGAUGGCCGGCCAGGAGGUCUGCCUGCUGCAGUCUGAGCUGGUGGAGGACGGGAAACAUGCCACACCCUGCAACUAUAAGCGUCUGUCUCCAGGUGGGGUGGCCACAGUGAGCUUCACCGUGCUGGGCCUGGAGCCUGGAUUACACACCUUGAGAUUUACACUGAAAACACCAGAAAAGAACGGGGACAUCGUGGAGAAGAAGCUACGAGUAGUGCCUGAUGGAGUGAGACAGGAGGUGAAUUCUGGAGGGCGACUGGACCCACAGGGGAUCUAUGGUUCAGAAAAGAUCGAAGUGGAGCUGAAGAACAAAUUACCAGAGAACAUGGUUCCGAGCUCAGGUGUGCAGAGAGUGCUGACGAUCAACGGGGAGCUUCCAGGUGAAGUUGUAACUGUGAUAAGCAACCCUAAGGGCUUCAGACAGCUCAUAAGUACGCCGGAAGGGUCGGCGAUGGGAGAGCUGGAAAGACUCCUCCCCUACGUCCAAGUGUAUGAUUACCUGGAGGCGACCAGAAACUGGGGCCUGCUGGGACCAGACAUCCUGAAGAGCUCAGCCGAUAUGAGACAGAAGAUUAAGGAUGGCCAGAUUGCCAUCACUUCAUUCUUAAAUGGAGACAACAGCUACAGUAUGUGGAGGGAUGGAGAAGGCAGCACCAGGGUCACCGCUGAGGUGGUGGGUGUUCUGUCCAGCGCAGAUGCAUUUGUACGUGUGGACCAUCAGUCUCUUUCAAACUCUGUGUCAUGGCUGAUUAACAGCGCUCAACAACAGGAUGGAUCCUUUGCUGAGAAGUCCUCCUACAAAUCAGACAAAGCCAUGGUGGAGGGGUCAGAUCCUCUGGAACAGUCGGUGUAUCUGACGUCUUUUGUCCUGAUCGCCUUGGUCAGAGCAACAAGCAUCAGAGAGAAUACCCUGCAGCUUAAAUCCCAUGGAACCAGCAAGACUCAGGCAGCAGACUACAUUUCCCAGCAUGCCCCGCAGGUGAAGAGUGUUUACGUGCGUGCCGUAGCGACCUAUGCACUGACUCUUGUGGACUCCAGCAACAUGGCGGUAACCCAGCUGUUCGAAAGCCUGGAAAAAGUGGCCCGACAGAAAGGCAACCCAGUUGAACUGAGGUACUGGCAAGAGCCUGGUGUGACAACUGAAUGGAUAAAACCAGAUGAAAGCAGUGGUCGGACAGUGGAGAUGACCGCAUACGUCCUACUGGCAGUGCUGAAUAUGGGGAGAAUUCCCUAUGGCAACCCCAUCUUGCUGUGGCUUACUCAAGACCAACACUACGGCGAGGGUUACUUUUCUAUGAGGGAUGCUAUGCUUACAUUGGAGGCGUUGACCAAAUACAGCAAGGUCGUCCCUAAAACCUACCUCAAUCAGGACAUCAUUAUCCGCUACGCCAGAGAAGGCAGGCUGAAAGAAGUCCAACUGAACCAGAACCGACCUGUGUCCUCACCCUUGGAGAUAAAGAAGAAUGAUGACAUCAUUGUGUCCACUGGUUUUGGGAAGGGUGUGUCCAGUGUGAAGCUGAAGACGGUGUAUUACCAGACCACUGCAUCCACUCAGCCCAGAUGUAACUUUGAACUCACUAUCAAGGUGGUCGGCCCCGACGCUUCCGACAAUCCCAGUAUGCGAGCCCCCCAUCUGGUCGCCUGUGCAAAGUAUAAACCUCCUCCUGGUGAGAAGUACACAGAGUCUGAGCUCACAGUGAUGAAGAUCCAGCUGCCAACCGGGGUGGAGCCUUACUUAGAGGAUCUGAAACAGUUCAAAGUUGGAUUGGAGCCGGUCAUCAACGACUAUUCGCUGGAGGGAAGCACUGUGGUCAUCCAGAUUGAGUCUGUUCCCUCAAGUGUUUUCCUGUGUGUCGGCUUUCGGAUCAGAUCCAGGUUCAAGGUGCUCGGAGGCAGUGAGUCUUUGCUAACUGUCACAGAGCCCAAUGACAAAGGCAGCAUCUGCACCAGACCCUUCUCCGACGAGCAGCAGAAGCUGCAGCGCCUCUGUGUGGGCGAACACUGUCAGUGCAUGACAGCUGCAUGUGCCAUCUUCAGAGAAAACCUGGACACAACGCUGACAUAUGAAGCUCGGAAACAGGAGAUCUGCAAACCACCCUACAAAUAUGCCUUCAAGGUAAAAGUGACGUCCAAAUCUUCAGAGGGAGACUUUACAACCUACAGAACUACCGUAGUGGAAGCGGUGUUCAGCAAAGAUCAAGACUAUAAGAGUGUCCAUCAAGAUACAACGAUAGACCUGGUGAAGAAAGCCUCCUGUCUCGGGGUUGAGCUUAAAGUGAACCAACGGUACAUGCUCAUCGGAUCAAGCGGGUCAGAGUACAAAGAUAGAAACAAAUCCAAGUAUCGUGUUGCCCUGGACUCGGACACGCUGGUGGAGACCUGGCCCAUUAACUGUGAAUCUCCAGAGUGUUCAGACUACCUGGCAGCCAUGUCCGACUUAGCUAUAAAUCUUGAACUGGAUGGUUGUGAUGAUUAACAAAACUCUGCUGCAGCUUUUAAUACAACCAAUCACAGAGAAGAUUGGUUUGAUGAGCUCAUCCUUACAUCCUUCAUAAUCAGUUACCAAUAAAAGUUCAAUAAAC